GGCAGUCCCACAAAGGGCUGAAGCGGAGCUGUCACCGGCAGAGCCAGUGACCGGGGAGCCUGGGCUGGAGCACAGAGCUGGCUAGGGACAGCCAGCAGGACCCAGUGGGUUGGAACCCAGGCUGCAUUGGAGCUCGCCCCAGACCCUGCCCCAGGCAAGUCCUGCUCAGGUCCCCAAGCAGCACCCUCAGGCCUCGUUCCUUGGGCGUGCCCUGGGGUGGAAGAUGGCUGGGAGCACCUCCAUUGAUGCGGUGAAGAAGAAGAUCCAGAGCCUGCAGCAGGUGGCGGACGAGGCAGAGGAGCGUGCAGAGCAUCUGCAGAGGGAGGUGGAUGCUGAGAGACAGGCCAGGGAGCGGGCUGAGUCUGAUGUGGCCUCCCUGAACCGCCGUAUCCAACUGGUGGAAGAGGAGUUGGACCGAGCCCAGGAGCGCCUGGCCACUGCACUGCAGAAGCUGGAGGAGGCUGAGAAAGCGGCUGAUGAGAGCGAGCGAGGCAUGAAAGUCAUUGAGAACCGGGCCAUGAAGGAUGAGGAGAAAAUGGAGCUCCAGGAGAUGCAGCUGAAAGAGGCCAAGCACAUAGCUGAGGAGGCCGACCGCAAAUACGAGGAGGUUGCCCGUAAGCUGGUGAUCAUUGAGGGGGAGCUGGAGCGCUCAGAGGAAAGGGCGGAGGUUGCAGAAAGUAAAUGUGGGGACCUAGAGGAAGAGCUGAAAAUUGUCACCAACAACUUGAAGUCCCUGGAGGCCCAGGCCGAUAAGUACUCCACCAAGGAAGAUAAGUACGAGGAGGAGAUCAAGCUGCUAACAGACAAACUGAAGGAGGCUGAGACCCGAGCGGAGUUUGCUGAGCGAUCCGUGGCCAAGCUGGAGAAAACCAUUGACGACUUAGAAGACGAAGUGUAUGCUCAGAAGAUGAAGUAUAAGGCAAUCAGCGAGGAGCUGGACAAUGCACUUAACGACAUCACCUCCCUCUGAGCCCCCCGAGCGGUCCCAGCACCAUGGCACUCCACUCCCACUGUCUGCUCGCCCCCUCCCACCCUGCCUGCUUGUGACCUCAGUCACCAUGGCUGCCCCGCCUGCCUGUCCGGCUAUCCCGUGGUCUCUGCUCCCCACUGCGUGUGUGUCUGUCCAUCCCUUCUUUGUCCCCACAAGCUCCAGUGCUGCUAGGUGGCUGUGGUUUGCUCAGUGAAAGCUGCAGGAGAGGAGAGUCCCUGAGCAGUGACCAGCCCAUAACCCAGACUGGGGAGCAUCCCUGGUCCACGAUCAGCCCGGCUGCAAUGUGCCAUGCAUAGGCCUUGCCCAGGGGCUGCGUGUGGCCAGCUUUCCUGAUCUGGUGAGCUGCAGCGAAGUGUCCAGUUAGAUAGUGGGGUGAGACUUCAGGGGCUGACCCUUCGCCUGGGGGUGGGGUCUGAAGAUGGAAGGUGCAUGGUCCCAUCUCACCCCACAUGCUGGGUCUCUGUCUGCUGGCCUCAACUGAUCCUUGCUCCGUGGGCACGGGCCGAGGGAUGGCUGCAGAUUUGGAUUUCUCUCUUUCCUUAAGAGAAGUUGGUGCGGAAGAUAAAGUAGAGAAAAGCUCUUGUUGCAGCCCAGGAGAAGAGGCCAGGGCUCCCCAUCCUACUGGCCAUCUGGCUCCCUUCUGCCUCGCCUGCCCCAUGGGGCAUGCUUUGUGUCAAAGGGCUGCCGAGUUCUAACAAGCCUGAGGACAAUGGCAGCUGUGGGGCCAGGACCUCAAGGCCUCGGGGGAGGAGACGGAGGGACAUGCCCUGGUGCAAAGGGGAGCUUUACUUAUGUUGGGUCCCAAGAGGCAGGUGCAUUUAGCCCAGCUGCUGGGAACAAGAAGGGAGCAGCUAGUGCUGGGAUUGGGAGGGGCAGCGUGGGCUCCACAUCCGCUGACCAAAUCUUCCUGGGCUCUGCUCCCCAUUGACACCCCCCUGGAGGGGAUUCCCCACAGCUGGAAGCAGCCCCUCCAAAGCUGAGGGCAAGAGGAGAGGGGAGGGUCACUCUCAUGGGGUGGAAGGAAAACAUGGGAGGCUUGGCAGCCCUUACUGCAUCCCGUCCUUGCGCUGUAUUCCUCCUGUCCUUCGCAUGUUACUCUUGAGUUCACAUUUCAUGACUUACUUUCUUUUCUGUCCUUCUUGGUCAAUGCGCUGGUCUCAAUAAAACAUUUUCUCUC